AGGAGGAAGGGAGCAUAUUCUCUGCUUUGAAUAUGGCUGUUUUCAGCUGGCUGAGCAUUCUCCUUUCCCUCUUAUUCUUCUGGCUUUGGAAAAACAAACGUCCCAAAGGUUUUCCUCCCGGGCCAUGGAGGCUGCCUCUGUUUGGGAAUCUACUUCAGUUCAAUAUGACGGACCCUCUGAAGCGCUUUGAUCAGUUUGGGAAAAAAUAUGGCCCUGUCUUCUCUCUUUAUCUGGGAAGCAAACCUGUAGUUUUAACUCACGGAUUUCCUUCCGCAAAAGAGGUCUUUGUGACAAAAGGCACAGAAUUUGCUGGGAGAUCAGACUUUUACAUUAUGGAUAUUAUCACUAAGAAAAAAGGCAUAAUCGCACAGCCUUAUGGUGAAGCGUGGAAGGAGCAAAGGAGGUUUUCGCUGAUGCUUUUCAGAAACUUUGGCGUGGGAAAAAAUCUGAUGGAGGAAAGGAUCGUGGAGGAAGCAUCUUAUUUGAUUCAGGCUUUUACCGAGAACAUGAGGCUGCCUUUUGAUCCUUAUGAGUUCAUCGACAGUGCCGUCGCCAACAUACUUUCCACCAUACUAUUUGGGAAACAUUUCAAAUAUGACAGCAACUUCCUGAGAAGCCUGCUGGACCUGAUCCAUCAAAACAUCAGACUGCCAGCAGGACCCUGGGCCUUGCUUUUCAAUGCCGUGCCCUUGGUGAGAAGGCUUCCUCUGCCCCAUCAGAAAAUACUAACAAAUGCCCAACAAAUGUUUGCUUUGCUUGAAAAAGAAAUGGAGGAACACAAGGCAACAUUGAUGCCUGGAGAACCCCGGGAUUUCAUUGAUGCAUAUUUAGAAGAAAUUCAGAAGCCAGAGAGGAAAGGUUCAAGUUUUGAAGAAGAGCAACUACGAGUCUUAUUGUUUGACUUACUCAUUGCUGGAACAGAGACAACAUCAGGAACACUGCAGUGGGCCUUUCUCUAUUUGGUGGCCUUUCCAGAGAUCCAAGAGAAAUGCUGGAAGGAAAUAGACACAGUUCUGGGAAACAAGGCAAGGCUGAAAUGUGAGGAUCGUGUAAGAUUGCCCUACACAAAUGCCGUCAUUCAUGAAAUCCAACGCAUAUCAAGUAUAGUUCCUCUUGGAGUAGCUCGUAAAACCAUUAAUGAUGUGCAACUUUAUGGAUACAAAAUUCCCAAGGACACCAUGGUUUUUGUUAAUAUCCAGUCUGCCCAUCGUGAUGAAUCUCAGUGGAAGUUCCCCAAUGAGUUCAACCCUUCCAACUUCCUGAAUGAAGAAGGAGACUUUGUGAAGCCGGAAGCCUUCAUGCCAUUUUCAGCAGGACCGAGAAUCUGCUUAGGGGAAAUCCUGGCAAGGAUGGAGCUCUUCCUCCUCUUCACCAGCAUUGUCAGAAAUUUCCAGCUAUUGUGGCCAGAUAAAUCCCAAGCUCCGGAUUUCACACCGCACUUUGCAGUUACACAAUCCCCAUCCUGCUUCAAGGUGUUGCUGAAAUGCCGCCAGCCAAGUGCGUAGAUCAAAGUGAGGAUCUGCAAGGCAACCGAUUCAAGACCAUCCCAUUCUCUCCAAUAGCCGGAGGUCUUCCAUACUUCAAAUUCACCACGAGAUCAUUUUUUAAAAAAACGGAAAUAAAGGGUUAUCUUACGCCACA